UAGGUCCGGAACGGGUUUUUUUGUGCAUCUCUACCCGUUAUCGAAACCGGUUUUUUUGGUGGGCCUUCUACUUGGACCUUACUAAACCCUGAUAUUAUUAGGCCCAAAACAUUGGGCCGGUUGUAAUUUCCCCUUAAUUGAGCGCUACAUAUACUCAAUUCCAUCAAAUUGAAAGCCAUUAGCAAGCUACGAGCACAAGAGUGUAGCCGAUCUUUCUCGAUUUUUCUCUUCCUCAUCCCAAAUUCUCCAUUGCACUUGCAUCACUCCACAGAUUAACCAUCGUACGCAGUUGCAGUUUCAGAUUUAGAUGGAAACCGGAGGCAAUUCUUUAGCAUCUGGGCCAGAUGGAUCAAAGAGAAAAGUGUAUUACUUUUACGACCCAGAAGUCGGAAACUACUAUUACGGGCAAGGUCACCCAAUGAAGCCACACAGAAUUCGCAUGACACACGCACUAUUAGCUCACUACGGCUUACUACAAAACAUGCAUGUCGUAAAGCCUGUUCCCGCUAGGGACAAAGAUCUAUGCCGCUUCCAUGCUGAUGAUUAUGUUUCCUUUUUAAGGGGUAUCACUCCGGAAACACAGCAAGAUCAAUUGAGACAGUUAAAACGGUUCAACGUUGGUGAAGAUUGCCCUGUAUUCGACGGUCUGUACUCCUUUUGUCAGACGUAUGCUGGUGGUUCUGUUGGUGGGGCUGUUAAGCUGAACCAUGAGUAUUGCGAUAUCGCGAUAAAUUGGGCUGGUGGGCUGCAUCAUGCUAAGAAAUGCGAGGCAUCUGGUUUCUGUUACGUAAACGAUAUUGUGUUGUCGAUUCUUGAACUUCUGAAAGUGCACCAGCGUGUGCUAUACGUGGAUAUCGACAUUCAUCACGGUGAUGGUGUGGAGGAAGCGUUUUACACAACUGACAGGGUCAUGACGGUUUCUUUCCACAAAUUCGGAGAUUACUUUCCGGGUACAGGGGAUAUAAGAGAUAUCGGAUACUCAAAAGGAAAAUAUUAUUCACUAAAUGUCCCUCUUGAUGAUGGCAUUGAUGAUGAAAGUUACCAGUCGUUAUUUAAGCCGAUAAUCGGCAAAGUUAUGGAAGUUUUUAGGCCCGGUGCGGUUGUGUUACAAUGCGGUGCAGAUUCUUUAUCGGGAGAUAGAUUAGGCUGCUUUAAUCUAUCGAUUAAAGGUCAUGCUGAAUGUGUGAAGUAUAUGAGAUCUUUUAAUGUGCCGUUACUGUUGCUUGGCGGUGGAGGCUAUACUAUUCGAAAUGUUGCUCGCUGCUGGUGCUAUGAGACUGGAGUUGCGCUUGGGGUUGAGUUAGAAGAUAAAAUGCCUCAACAUGAGUAUUAUGAGUAUUUUGGUCCUGAUUAUACUCUUCAUGUUGCUCCGAGUAAUAUGGAAAAUAAGAACUCGCGCCAGUUGCUGGAUGAAAUAAGAUCAAAGCUACUUGAUAAUCUUUCUAAACUUCAACAUGCUCCAAGUGUGCAAUUCCAAGAACGCCCACCUGAUACAGAAUUCCCUGAGGCAGAUGAAGAUCAAGAAGAUGAUGAUCGAAGAUCCGAUGAUUCUGAUGAUGAAAAUGAGGGCAAGUCUUUUGUUGGACGUGUGAAAAGGGAACUUCAUGAUAUCGAGCCUAAGGACAUGGAUGAUAUAAAGGAAGGUGAUCAUGCUGGGGCUAGAGAGAUGGAUGCAUCAUUUGCUGAAAUAUCCUUAAAGGGUUCAAAUUCAGGUGCAGUGCCAGCAGCAGAUGUGAAAGUAGAACAGGGGAACUCUAACAAGCCAGAUCAGCCUGCUGAUAUGAAUCUAUAAUCUAUCGUAUCAUAUCAUACUCAUCGUGUUUAUGAUAUCUUAUAGACAUUUUUACUUCAGUUUCCUUAAAACUUGUGUAUGUAUGAGCUUUGUGAGUUACAGCUUUUGGAUGGAUACAAGUGACUAAACUAGAAUGGUUAAUGUAUGGGAAUGAAAUGUGUUUAUCACCAUUUUAUUAUCAUAUUUGCUGUG